AUGUACAACGAGGACGUCAAAACCCUCGCCGAUUUCCCCUUCUCCCGCCCCAAGCCAGCGGAGCAAUCGAGCAGUGAUUUAGGCACAACUAGCAACGGCAACGGCAACGGCAACGUCGCCACUGUCUCGGUUGUCGUGAACGCGCGGACCGUGGUGGAAAGCGAGGUGGAGGAGCCGGAAAUCGAUCGAGCGGGUAACUCGAAAUCGAGCCCCGAAAACGAAGGAGAUGAAGGAUUUGAAGAGGAAAGUAAGAAGCGGAUCGAAAUUAGAGCUGGGGAGAACGAUAACGAUGAGGAUGAAGAUGAGAAUGAAGAUGAUGGCGAGGAAAUCGAAAUCCCGCCGGAGGAUUGCGAUUUGUUCACCGGCGAGUGGGUUUUUGAUAACGUCACCCACCCGUUGUACAAGGAGGAUGAAUGCGAGUUUUUAACGGCGCAGGUGACUUGUAUGAGGAAUGGAAGAAAAAAUUCACUGUACCAGAAUUGGAGGUGGCAGCCCAGAGACUGUUCUUUGCCUAAGUUUAAACCGAGACUGUUGCUCGAGAAACUGAGGAACAAGAGGCUGAUGUUUGUCGGGGACUCUUUGAACCGGAAUCAGUGGGAAUCGAUGAUAUGUUUGGUUCAGUCGGCAGUUCCUCCCGGCAGGAAGAACUUGAACAAGACUGGCUCUUUAUCUGUUUUCAGAAUUGAGGAUUACAAUGCUACGGUGGAGUUUUAUUGGGCUCCGUUCUUAGUCGAGUCCAACUCGGACGACCCAAACAUGCACAGCAUAUUAAACCGCAUCAUCAUGCCCAAGUCCAUCAAAAAGCACGGCAAGAAUUGGAAGAACGUAGACUACCUCGUCUUCAACACGUACAUUUGGUGGAUGAACACUUUUGCCAUGAAAGUCUUGCGAGGCUCGUUUGACAAAGGCUCGACCGAGUAUGAUGAAGUGCCGAGGCCUGUGGCUUAUAAUCGAGUGCUGAGGACGUGGUCCAAAUGGGUCGACAAAAAUGUGAACCCAAACCAUACCCAAGUAUUCUUCAUGAGCAUGUCACCCCUCCACAUCAAAAGCUUGGAUUGGAACAACCCGAACGGCAUCAAGUGCGCGAAGGAGACAACCCCAAUACUCAACACAUCGAUGCCGCUCAAUGUGGGCACUGACCGACGGUUGCUAGCUGUCGCGGCCAACGUGACGAGGUCCAUGCGGGUCCCUGUUCAUUUUAUGAACAUCACGACCCUGUCCGAAUACCGGAAGGAUGCCCACACGUCCGUGCACACGAUCCGGCAGGGGAAGCUGUUGACCCCUGAGCAGCAGGCGGACCCCACCGGUUUUGCCGACUGCAUCCACUGGUGCCUGCCGGGGCUGCCCGACACAUGGAACGAGUUCCUUUAUGCGCGUAUUAUGUCGCGUUCUUGA